AAUUCACACCCACUCCACUCAUAACAACAUCCGGAACACUUUCUUCGCCCAUCUUGUCCUCCCAUCACACAUUCUCCCUCAGCAGGGGAUGCUGCGCACCCUCCUGCAAUCCGUCACACGAGCCAUGGCCUCUUCCGCACCGCCACGCGUUCCCAUCCCGAAGAAUGGCGUCGACUACCGUGGCAAGGUCGUCCUUGCGCCGAUGGUGCGGUCAGGAGAAUUACCCUCGCGGCUGCUGGCGCUGAAGUAUGGCGCCGAUUUGGUAUGGGGCCCCGAAACCAUCGACCGCGCCAUCAUAGGCACAACCCGCCGCCUGAACCCGCACACGCAGACUCUCGAGUGGACGCGCCUACCGACCUCUAAACUCAAGAAUCCCGCGCUGGACCCUGAAAACCGCGAAUCCGUCAUCUACCGCAUCCACCCGGAACUCGAACGCGGGCGCCUCAUCUACCAAGUCGGCACCGCGAACCCAGAGUUAGCCGUCCAGGCGGCGAAAAUGGUAGCCGCGGACGUGGCGGGCAUAGACGUGAAUGCGGGGUGUCCGAAGCCGUUCUCCACGGCGGGCGGCAUGGGCGCCGCACUGCUCAAGACGCCGGACCUGCUGUGCGAUAUCCUGAGGCGGUUGGUCGAGGAGGUGGGCAAGGUGUACGAGAUUGGCAUCAGCGUCAAGAUUCGCAUCCUGGAUAAGGCAGAGGAUACAGAGGCGUUGGUCAGGAAGCUGGUAGCGACGGGUAUCACGGGACUCACCGUGCAUUGUCGGACGACUCCCAUGAGGCCCAGGGAACGCGCCAUUCGCGAUCAGCUGCGCAUGAUAGGCCGGGUGUGCAGGGAGGCUGGGGUCGCGUGUGUGAUGAACGGGGACGUGACAUCUCGCUCCGAAGCUCUCCAACUGAUUAAAGAAUACGACGUCGAUGGCGCCAUGAUCGCCACCGAAGCCGAGAAGAAUCCUUCCUGUUUCCGUCCCGAGGCGGAAGGCGGACCGCACGAGUGGCGCGGGCAGUGGAAGACGGUGGUGACGGAGUACAUGAGGUUUGCGCUGAUGGUGGAGAAUCGGUGGGGGAAUACAAAGUACCUCCUCGGUCAGAUGAUUCCUGGGAGGGAAAAGUGCUAUGCGGAUAUGAAUCGGAGUAAGUGUUAUGCGGAUUGUGUCAAGGCGCUGGGGUUGGAAGGGGUUGAGGGGAUGAUGGAGCAGGCGAGGAGGGUGGAUGAGAGGUUGGGAAUUCCGCCGAAGGAGUCGAGGGCGGCGAAGAGGGCGAGGGUGAGAGAGGCGAAUAAGGAGGAGGAGGGGGAAGGGAAGGAGGCAGAGAAGAAGAAUGGGGAAGAGAAGAAUCACGGGGAGGAGGAGAGAGCGGCGAAGAGGGCGAGGAUGCCGGAGUUGGAGAAACAGGUUCCUGUCGUGGGUCAGGAGGUUGCUGCUCCGGCGGCUUUGAGCGUCUGAUGCUGUAGAUGGCUUGGUAUGGGUGGGCUUUUCGGCUCGUGGGCAUAGCAUGGUAUAGUUGGCGUUUGAUGCAUUUACAGGAGCAGGUAAACGGUAUUAUCCUCCCAUAUCUGACGUGCGGAUUCCUCAAUAGAGACAUUUUCUUAGCUUGAUGCAGACGAAUGCGUGGUCAGUGGGUUUUCUGCAGCUUGGCUUACCGUCGUCAACGACG